AUGACAUCGUUCGGAUCUCUGAAAUCAGCUAUAUUCGACAAAGAAGAGAGAAAACAGCAGUAUCAGGCGCAUAUUCGAGGCCUCAACGCAUACGAUCGCCAUAAAAAAUUCAUUCAGGAUUACGUUAGUUUCUAUGGGAAAGAAGAAAAACCUUCUACCUUAAAGUUGCCUAUUAAAACAGAUAAAGAUACGCUGAGAGAGGGAUACAGAUUCAUACGGUCAGAAGAAGAUGAUAUGGAUCCAUCAUGGGAGCAAAGGCUGGUGAAGCGUUAUUAUGCCAAGCUUUUUAAAGAAUACUGUCUUGCUGACAUGUCACAGUACAAGAGUGGUAAGAUUGGUCUCAGAUGGAGAACAGAGAAGGAAGUCAUGUCUGGCAAGGGCCAGUUUAUAUGCGGUAACAAACAUUGCAAUGAGAAAGAUGGAUUAGCAAGCUAUGAGGUGAACUUUUGUUACUUUGAAGCUGGAGAGAACAAACAAGCUCUAGUUAAAUUGGUAGCAUGUGAGAGAUGUGCAGAGAAACUUAACUACAAGAGGCAGAAAGAAAGGGAGCAAUUAGAAAAAAGACAACAAAAGCAGGAUAGAAGAAAGAGGAAUCGUUCAAAGAGUGAUGAUGAUCUUGACGAGGUCCAAGAAAGCGAAGAUAGAAGACGAAAAGGAAAGAGGGCUUUGGUUUCAGCCAAUGAUCAUAAAACAGACAAUGACGACAGUGAUAACAUUGAUGAGUUUCUUGAGGGGAUGUUUCCCUGA